UUGAACGAUUCAGAGUCUUGUUUUUUAUUUAAGCUUGUUUCAUCUUAAUUUUGGGUGAGUCACCGUCAUGAUUAUUUGGAAUUAGUUGCACUAUUCUGUUUACGAGUCAACCUUUUUUGACCGGUUUAUUAUUGUAAGACAUCGUGUUCACCUAUUAUUUUUAAAACUGUUUAUAAAUAUUGUCUCCUCUGAUAUUGUAUUUUCUGCUCUCCUAUUCAUUUCCCUAGUCUGAUUUUGUAUCAUUUGUUCUUCAUUUUAUUGUUCAUCUUAUUUGCUCUUUUACUAAUUUUUUUAUUCAUUAACCGAUUAACAAGUAUUACCAGUGUCUUACAUCAAAAAGAAAACAAAAUUUAUUAUGUCAGCAAGUACUGGACCUCUAUUUGCAUGUACUCGGUGCAACUCACGGCAUCCAUUUGAAGAGUUAUCAUCCGGUCAACAACUGUGUAAGGAAUGCCGUGGAGCCUUGGUUAAGUGUACCUACUGUCGAACAGAAUUUCAACAAGAAAGUAAAUCGAAUUUAAACACCAUUUGCAAAAAAUGUGAACAAAAUGUUAAAUUAUAUGGAAAGCCCUCUGCGUGUGAAUAUUGUAAUAUUAUAGCUGCUUUCAUUGGUAAUAAGUGCCAACGAUGUACGAACUCAGAGAAAAAAUAUGGCCAACCUUUAGCCUGUGAGCAAUGUAAACAAAGAUGUGCUUUUGAUCGUAAAGAUCCUGAAAGCAGAAAAAAAGUAGAUGGUAAAUUAUUAUGCUGGCUGUGUACUUUAUCCUACAAAAGAGCUCUUGCCAAAGCCAAGCAGAAUGACACUUCAAUCCGUCACACUUCCAUAUCUGUUCACAAAAGUGGUAGCCGAUCAUCGUCAUCAAGUAGACAAAAAGGUGAAUCCCGAUCACAUCAUCAUCAUAGAUCACAUCAUAAUAGUUCUUCGAAUCUAAUGGUUCCUCCUGGUUCAUCGUCUUCGAGUAAAAAACCUCGACUAGAAAUAGGAGUAAAAACAUCAAAUGGAAGCUUAAAGAUACCAUCAAUGACAACUACAACUACAGUCGCCGAAAGCACUAUGAUGGAUUUAACUAAUAGCGAUCAUGUCGUUGCAGUUACGCAAUUAAGAGAGCAAAUGGCCUCUUUGCAAAAACAAUUGUCCAAAAAAGAUCAAGAACUCUUAGAAAAGGAUAAAAAAAUUGCAGAAUUAAGAUCUCAACUGAGUAGAGAGGAACGUGAAUGGAGAGAAAAAUUAACACAAUGCCAAAAAGGAAGCUCUGAGAAGACCACACAACUUCAACAAAAGAUUUCGCAGCUUUUGAAACAGAAUGCUUCGUUAUCUAAGGCUACCAAGAAAACUAUAACCAAUAAUAAUACACCUAGUGACAGUCCUCUUCUAUGAGAAUAAUAUAUAAAUGAUUUAGACAUUUCUAAAUGCAUAGGAAAAUUGACAAAAAAAAAUAACUAGUUGUGGUUAAGGUUGAAGUUGAGGUCUCUUAAUUAUCUCUUUCUUUACUUUCUUUGCGUCAACAUCAUUCCCUUUCCAAGCGGCGACAAAUGAUUGAACAAACCUAAUUGGUAUGGAUUUUUCGUCUCAAAAUAUUUCGAUUGGUGUAUACACAAACCAAAAGAACAGCUUGACUUGUUUCUGUUUCUUAUUGUCUGGAACAAACAUUGUUGAAAAAUUAACUCUCCGAUAAGGCGAACAUAAUUUGGUUAUCACUAAGCAAGAUGAACGCGUUAUCAUCACCAUCAGAGACAAGUUAAUCUUUUGACUGAUUAAAAUUAUUUUGAAUAUUCAUUAAUCGAUGUAACAAAAAAUCACUACCUAUUAGGAAAUAUAAAUUAUUCAUAGUUCAUUAAAACUUGGUGAGAAAGAUUCACUUAAAAUCAAAA